AGUGCAUUUUGAACAGAGAUUUUGAAGUUAAAUUUAUUCUGCGAUUGGCAGCCAUGCUUUAAUGUUUUUCCUUUUACUUUUUUCUGGAUAAAUGGGGAAUUACACAAGUUUGUCUUUGGUAUUUUUUGUUAUUAACUUUGUUAAUAUGGUGUUCUGUGCAGUACCAUCAGAAUUAACGUUCUAAAAACGUACAGUAUCUUUGAGGUAGACCGUUGUCUCGAUGGAUUUAUUUUUGGUAAAUGAUCAGCUAACUGAGAAACUUGCUUACUACCGUACCACUCAUUGCCAAACAACACAAGACGAAGCUUUCGAUCUUUUGGGAUUUACAGACUUGAAAGCUGUAGUAACCAUGAGCACAUCCGAUUCAAAAAAACUCAUUUUGGGUAAAUUAAACUUAACGAAUAUUAAGAAAGAACAACUACCAACAACUACCUUAAAAACGGACCAGUCAGGUGGUAAAUACAUUCAUUUAAAUGGCCAGAAACUGAAAGUUGUGCCUCAGAGUUUUAUACCGAAAGAAAUAAAACAAUGCACUAUGGUGCUAAAACACCAAAUGGUUGAUAUAGGAAAUUUAAAUAAACCGCUCAAAAUACGCGUAAUCAGCAGUGUGAGCCACCUAAAUAAUAGUGAUACACAUUCAACUGAUAAAAUUGAUAAGCCCAAACUUGUGUACGGUUCCUGUAAAAAUGAUAAUCAGAUAAGAAACAAACAUAUAAAUCCCGAUUCUGGUGAGAUUACCAAGCACACUGAGAGUAGUUCCUCUACGGCUGAGUCUGUGAAACCCAAAGCUUCACUGAACUGUGCUCAAGUUGACAGUGAACCACCAGAGGAGGCGGAGUUAUAUCAACUGAUACCGUUCAGUAGUAGAGUUGUUCCCAAACUGCUCACAACUAAAAAUAUUGAAAUAUUAAACAAGGUGAAAAUGCAAGCGUUAAAUUUGAGCACGAAAGAUUUGAAUAAGAGUGAUGUAAAAAAGAAAGAGGUCACUGAUAGUUCUGUUCAAACAGAUAUAGUUACUACUAAAGACCAAAAUGUCCAGACAGAUACACCAGCAAGUGUAUCAAUGUUGGAUAGGUUUGACGAGAAAUUUUUACGGUGGUUGGACUCUGAUGAUAUGCCCAUUAUUAACAACAUAAAUUUAGGAGAGUCAGCUAGGUUAAGGGAUUCACCUGUUUUGGGUAACUGUGUUAAUAGAAGUGUGUCGGGAACAGUAAUUGUCAAUGAAGAAAAGAUGUCAAAGAAGCUGAAUUUUUUCAAGGAUUUGAAGAAUUGUUUGACUCCUAAUGCCGUUGGAAACAUGCCUAUUCACGAAGGUGUUAUCAACAAUGAUCUGAUGUUAGUAAAAAGAAUGUGCGCCGUGUUGAAAGCCUUAAGAAGACCGGUAGACCUGGAAAACCACAAUGGAUGUACGCCUCUUCAAUUAGCUGUCAUUCACAAUUCUUCGCCCGAGAUUGUCGACGUUCUGCUUAACUUCGGAGCCGAUGUUGGUGAAGCGGAUGGAGAAGGAAACACCAUUUUACACAUGGGUGCCAGAUUUGGUCGCCACCAAAUUUUAAAAGUCAUUCUGUCCCAUCCUGUAUUUAGUUCGGUUAACAAUCGUCCCCUAAUCGACAGUUUUAAUUUUGACGGAUUGACACCGUUGAUGAUUUGUUGCUUGGCCAGUUGGACAGAGGGCGUUUAUCUGUUCGUCAAUCACAGAGCGGAAGUCAACCUAAGAGAUCAGACGUCAGGACGCACAGCACUGUUUCAUGCAUCCGAAGCGCACAGUGAGGAAAUCGUUCGGUUUUUACUAAAUAACAGGGCGGAUCCGAAAAUAAAGAAUUUCUUCGGUACCAGUCCCCACGAUGCAAUGUAUGAAUUAGACGAGAUACCUUUUGAAAUCAAAAAUUUAAUAUUUGGAAAAACUAAGAAACGUACGAUAGAAGCUGAGAUGAACCCUGCAAGGACCGCAAAAGCUGUUAAAACCCUAAAAACCUUUUCCAAGUUACAAAAAGUGGAAUCUAGUAGAUCGGUUCUAGUGCCUAUUAUUAAGACCUACAAUAAAACAAGUCAAGUGAAAUAACGAAAUUUCCAACGUUGUUGAAGAAGAUGAAAAUACAUGAGGCUCAAGAAGAACGAGCCACUGGAGUGGAUUGAGUGUGGUAUAAGAUCUUGCCAUAAAAUGAAGAAUUUUAGAAAAUGCGAGAGCCAUGAAAAGUAAACCGAAUUCAAAAUCUUCUUAUCUGCUACAAUAGAACAACUAUUAAACUGCGUUCAGAUUCUCGAAAUUACUGGUUUCAAUUAGCGUAGAAGUUUGUUAAAAUUAGUGGUAGUAAUUAUCAAUUAAUAGAAAAAGUUAACAAACUUUUUCCCGCUAAUUAUACUUCAAAAUUUACGAGCCUUGUCAUUUUGGCCUUUGAUUAUAUCAUACCUACGUCAAAUUGAAAAUCAAAAAAAAAUCAUCCGUAGUUGGAAAUGACAAGAAUAGUUCGAUUCAUAUACUUCCUAUACUGUCAGUUUUUUGACGUCAUCUAGGGACCUAGUUGAAUUUCGCGAAGAUUUUAGAUAGUGACAGCAAGUGACAGUGACGUUUUCGUUUGACCUAUCCUAGAAACGGCGUAUCGGCGUAACGAACCUUUAAUAGAUUUCCAGUAAUUCUAUUGGCUGAAAUUUUUGACAGAUGAAUUUUUCAGCCAAUAGAAUUGCUGGAAAUCGAUUCAAGGCCGUUACGCUGUUUCUAGGAUAGUGUGACUGCACCCUGAGUAACAUAAGAAACGAUUUGACGCGAUCGAACAGUCCUUUAGAAUAUACAGGGUGGUCCGAACUGUAUUCCGGAAAUUUCAGCAGCAUAUUCUGCA